AUGCGAUUCCACCGCAGUCUCGUGAGUCCUAACACGCCACCAGAAAUCUUGAAGCUGGCGGAGAAAGCAGAACCACACAGCCCGGAAAGGUCUUACCUGUUUGAGGCUUGGCUGACAAGCAGCGAGAACUGGAAAUCCUCCAAGUUGCUAAUCUCCCUGAAGCAGAAGAACUCCACCAAAAACCGUGGAACUCGAAAGUGGAUGACGUAUGCAGAGAUGUGCGAGCGCUUCGGCGAAAGUGUCGCGACAGACAUCCGCGAUGCAAAGCUGGAUGAUCCACAACUUAAGAAGAAAGAAGUUCGCGACCACCCGGAGUGCAAGCACAGGAAGGCCAGAACACCAUAUACUACUGAAUUAAUAGAGCCUACAACGAUCGAAGUGCCAGUUCGAUCUAUGGAUACAGAGGGCAACGAAAAUAUCGUGCCUAUGCAGCUGCCGGUGUUGGACGUUCACGAAGUGCUGGCAUACCUUCACAAUGAAGUCAAGGUGGAAGUUCCGGCUGAAAUGGUGCAAAACUACUAUGCACAUAUGGAAGCCGUGGAUAUGCCUUGGAUUCGUGGGUUUCCUGGCGACAAAACUGAAAUACCAUUCAGUUUGUAUGGCGAUGAGUGCUGCUUGAGUGCUGACCCUCAUGAUAAGGUGGUUGCUUUUUUUAUGAGCAUCCAUCUUUUUCGACCGACCUCGGUGAGGCAAGGGCAGUUUCUCAUUGCCGCUGUACAACACGACUUGCUUGUCGAUGAUGAAUGCUUGCGAUCUCUCUUCCCGAUAUUGCAACACAUCGUGUGGUCGUGCAAUGUGGCUUUCGAGGGGCGGUACCCGCAUACAAGGUUUGAUGGCGGCUCUCUGACACCAUCCAAGCUGCAAAAAGCGGGUACUCCACUCGCCAAUGGCCGCCGCUGGGUCUGCAGCCAGGUCAAAGGGGAUUGGAAAUGGCUGGAAAAGGUGCUACGCCUAUUGCCAACCCCUGUGAGCAAGCAGCCCUGCUACAUGUGCGACGCUUGCUCGGACGACUCUGCAAUGAAGUACUACGAUACCGGCGACAUACAGCAGGAGCCGGGCUGGGCUGCAACUGAAGUGAACACUGUGGGCUUCAUUGCAAGGAAGGUGAGGAUGACCCUGGUAUCUCUGGGCUACUUCGGCGAUCCCGAUGCACUGGACUUGCAACAGCUUCUGGACGCUGCAUUUGCGGAUUUCAAAGCCUGGAAAUUGCAACACCGUAUCCCCUGCUCACAGAAGCGCUUCAGCGUGGGCUUGGUGAUCAAGAAGGUGCAUGGGCAUUAUAUGACUGCCAAAGCUUACAAUGGACGGGUCAUCUUGGAGUGGCUUGCUGAUGUCACCACAAAAGUGCUCUCAGACAAAAAAAUCACAGACCCUCGCUUGCCCCACUUGGCUGUAGCUUUGAAGCUUGGAAUGCAAUACCUGCUAAUUAGCUCAUAG